UAGCCAUUUCCCUUCGGAUCAAACGGACCCUGAUAAGUUACUGUGACCUAGCCGAAGAACGAAGAACACUGAGGAGAAGUCGAAGGAAGGAUUCUGCGGCCCUGCGGAGACCUAAGCAGGAAAGGGACCUCGUGUCGAGGGCUUAUCUGGAUCGAGCCGCGAUCGAAGAGGAGGAAGGGAGUCGAAACCUCUGCACGCGCUGCUUUUUUGAGUUGAGUCGAAGCCGAAGGAGGAAGAGAGAAUCUUCCUGCGGUACUCGCGUACAGGAAGAAUAAGAGAAGACGAAAAGAAUAGAGGAACGGUAAUCGUGCGCGCUCCGUUGGACUGCGCUGCGAUCGAAGACGAAGAAGAAAGGAAGGGAGCUCGCACGGUUGAGCUGAAGGCAGGACGUAGAAGCCGGGAACGAUCCUUUUCGCGCGAGGGUUAGGGAAGGCCGAACAAUAUAAGAAGGAUCAAAUUUAUCUAAACUCAAUUUUACGGGAGAAGUAACAGGAUUUUCAUGUGAAAAGGAAAAGAAAGGUUUAGAUGACAGUGGUUAACAACGGCGCUGAUAAUGGUUGCUUGGGUGUUUCUGCUGCUCAAAGUUUUGAAAAACAUAACAGGGAGCAGAAGGGAAAUGCAUUCUGUGAUCUCCAUUACCUUGAAAAUUAUGGUGAUGAUGAGUAUGAUGAGGAAGAUGACAGUGAUUGGGAACCUAUUAAUCAUUUAGUCAUCAAAAAGUGGUUCUGCGGUAACUGUACAAUGCCAAAUUUUGAUGAUGUUUGUCAUUGUGAUUUUUGUGGAGAACACAAGGAGUCUGUGAUAUUUGAUCAUGAGCUAUCUGAGUACACUUUUGGUGAUGGAAAUUGGAAUUCCAUCAAUGCUGAAUCGCUUCAGAGAUUUCAUGGUUCAUCUUACAAAUCAUGUGUAGCCAUGGGUUUUGAUGAAAGGAUGUUGCUUCAUUGUGAGGUUGAGAUGAAGUCUCAUCCACACCCAGAGAGACCCGAUCGUCUUAAAGCCAUUGCCGCUAAUCUUGCUGCUGCUGGAAUAUUUCCUGGAAAAUGCAUACUAAUACCUGCGAGAGAAAUCAAUCCAGAAGAGCUCCAUAAGGUGAAUUCCGAUCAUAUUGAAGCUGUCCAACAAUCGAGUUCCUUGCUCUCAAGCUACUUCACUCCAGAUACGUAUGCCAACCAACACUCAGCCCUGGCUGCUAGAAUCGCUGCUGGACUCUGCGCAGACCUUGCAAUCCUAAUUUUGUCUGGGAAGACUAACAAUGGAUUUGCCUUGGUUAGACCUCCUGGGCAUCAUGCAGGUAUAAGACAAGCAAUGGGUUUUUGCCUUCACAAUAAUGCUGCUGUUGCUGCAUUAGCAGCUCAGACUGCUGGGGCCAAGAAAGUCUUAAUUGUUGACUGGGAUGUACACCAUGGCAAUGGUACUCAAGAAAUAUUUGAUGGAAACAAAUCGGUACUGUAUGUUUCAUUGCACCGACAUGAGAACGGAAGAUUUUAUCCUGGAACGGGUGCUGCUACCGAGGUUGGUGUUAUGGAUGGUAAAGGAUUCUCGGUUAACAUACCUUGGAGUCGAGGAGGUGUUGGAGAUAAUGAUUACAUAUUUGCUUUUCAGCACAUUGUCCUUCCCAUAGCUUCAGAAUUUGCGCCGGAUAUUACCAUAAUAUCGGCAGGAUUUGAUGCCGCAAGAGGUGAUCCACUUGGUUGUUGUGAUGUGACCCCUGCUGGAUAUGCGCAGAUGACGCAUAUGUUGUGUUCCCUUUCACAAGGAAAAUUGCUGGUGAUACUUGAGGGAGGCUACAACUUGCGUUCUAUAUCAUCUUCAGCUACAGCAGUUGUCAAGGUGUUGCUCGGUGAAAAUCCAGGAUACGAUAUGUCUAAUGUCAAGCCUUCUGAAGCUGGACUUGAAACCGUCCUGCAGGUUCUGAAAAUUCAGUUGAAGUUUUGGCCCAUUCUGGGAACAAAUUUUGAGGCUUUGCGUGCAGAAUGGAAAUUGGUUGUUUUAAACAGGAUGAAAUAUAGGAAGAGGAGGAGAUUCUUGGUUGGGCCAAUAUGGUGGAGAUGGGGAGCUAAAAGGCUUAUUUACGAGGUACUUUAUGGGCAACAGAGGCGGCGGCUGCGGCUGCGGCUGCGGCUGCGGCGGCAUUCGAAGAGGAUUGUUUUGGCUCGAAAUGGUCAGUCAGAACAUCCAACUUCUCCCCAAAAGGAAAUUUUUGGAAGAAAUUCAAAACCAUAUGUCGAUUGAUUUGGAGUAAGAUUUAGUUUUUUGGCUCUUUCCUGUAAUGUUUUUUUUUUUCCUUUUUUGGUUAGAUUCUCUGUAAUGACUGAUGUGAUAGUGCUGUAGGAUUAAAGAUUAUUUGAUGAAAUGUGACCAGAAUGAUCAAAUAUUGUAGAAAGAGAACCAUUUCCCCUGCA